CAGUGGCGACUCUGGCGCCGCCCCUAGCACGCUCCGCGCGCCAGGGAGGGGGGUCCAGCACCGAUCCCAAAAGUCCGCGCGGAGGUGUUCCGUAGCCAUUUUGGCUCAAGCACCGCUGCAAGCGGCCGGCCCGCACUGCCCCGGGCCUCCCCGCCUUGCCUGCCCACUCCGCGCGGCCAGCCCCCCGAGGGGGCGACACAACGCGCGGGCGAUGCGCGCCCGGCCCGCCGCCUGAUGGGAGCCCCCCGCGGUCGGCGCCGCGCCCCCGAGCUGCGCCGCGAUGCCGCUGCUCAUCGACGAGGACGUCGACGACGAGGCCUCGAUCUCCGCGACCUGGUGCGUGGACGAGGACGGGGCCUUGCGGCACAACCCGAGCGGCAUGAGGGUUUCGCCUGACAGGGGCGUUGAGUGCGACGGCCAGGAGUAUCGGCUGUCGCCGCAGGAUAUCGAGCAGGACGCGGACAGCGCGCUGGGCACGGGCUGCCAGGGCGUGGUUCAGGCUGGCAUUCACAAGCCCACGGGCAUGCGGGUGGCCAUCAAGACGGUCAAGGUGGACAACAGGGAGAAGCGGACCCAGAUGUUGCACGAGAUUCGGGGGCUCAUACAGGCAGCGGGCUGCCCCUACCUCGUGCAGUGGUACGCCGGCUUCGUGGCCAAGGAGGCCAGCCUGGUCCACGUGGUCAUGGAGCUCAUGGACCGCGGGAGCCUCGCGGACAUGCGCAGGCGCCUCGACGGCCAGGGCGUGCCAGCCGAGCGGCUCGCUUGCGUGGCGGCGCAGAUGGUCCGUGGCCUGGAGCACCUGCAGACCAGGCGCCUGCUGCACCGGGACGUGAAGCCAGAUAACGUCUUGCACAACCUCCUGGGCCAGGUGAAGCUCACGGAUUUCGGGAUCUCCAAGGACCUGAACAGCACCGUCGGCGUGGCGGGCACCUUCGUGGGCACCGCGAGCUACAUGUCGCCAGAGCGAUCGCUGGGCAAGGACUACUCUUUCAGGUCCGACGUGUGGAGCGCGGGGAUGGUGGUCUACGAGCUCGCCACCGCGCGGUUUCCGUUCUCCACGACGAGCUUCAUGGAGCUCUACGAGGCCCUGUGCAAUGCGCCAGAGCCACGCUUGGACGUUGAGAGUUUCCCUGCGGAGCUCUGCGACUUCGUCGAGCAGUGCCUCACACGGGACGAGCCCAGGCGCCCCGACGCCAGGGCCCUGGUCGACCACCCGCUCAUCGCGCCGCAAGGCGAAGAAGAGAUACGAGCUCUUGGUGUGUGGGUCGCCACGCACCCCGAUUAGGACGGCUGGCAGCAUACACCUGACGAUGGCUUCGGGCUGCUCGCCUUUAUCUGCGACCAAUUGGUCCAGAAGUUCGGGUGGCACACCAUCGCAGCCAGCGCAGAAAAAAAAGUCCGCGCGGGGGUGUUCAUGCCGUUAGUCGUUCAUCUAUCAUCGCUCUGACUUCGUUCUGCACGCACCGUGCUGUAUUGUGCAUGGCGCGGCUUCCCACCGCCUUGGCUUCCGUUGC